AGAGCACUGCGGGGCCGCUCCAGUGCGACCCCAUCAAUCUGGACCGGACCCUACAAAUACGGAGCCGACCCUAUAAAUACGGACUGAGCCCUAUAGAUACGGACUGAACCCUAUAAAUACGGAGCAAACCCCAUCAGUACGGAGCGCUGCGGGGCUGCCCCGACGCGACCUGACCCUAUAAAUAUGGAGUGAACCCCAUCAAUCCAGACCCGACCCUACAAAUACGGAGCGAACCCCAUCAGGACAGAGCACUGCGGGGCCGCCCCGACGCGACCCGACCCUAUAAAUCCGGACCGGACCCUAUAAAUACGGACUGAACCCUAUGAAUCCGGACCCGACCCUAUAAAUACGGAGCCGACCCUAUAAAUACGGAGCAAACCCCAUUGGGACGGAGCGCUGCGGGGCCACCCCGACCCGACCCGACCCUAUAAAUCUGGACCGGACCCUAUAAAUACGGAGCCGACCCUAUAAAUACGGAGCGAACCCCAUUGGGACGGAGCGCUGCGGGGCCGCUCCGACCCGACCCUAUAAAUCUGGACCGGACCCUACAAAUACGGAGUCGACCCUAUAAAUACGGAGCGAACCCCAUUGGUACGGAGUGCUGCGGGGCUGUCCCGACCCGACCCAACCCUAUAAAUCCAGACCAGAACCUAUAAAUACAGACCCGACCCUAUAAAUACGGAGUGAACCUUAUAAAUACGGACCAGACCCCAUCAAUCCGGACCCGACCCUAUAAAUCCGGACCUGACCCUAUAAAUACAGAGCCGACCCUAUAAAUACGGAGCAGAUCCUAUAAAUACGGAGCAAACCCCAUCAGCACGGAGCGCUGCGGGGCGCUGAGCCGACCCUAUAAAUACAGACUGCUGAGGGGCUGCCCCGACCCCAUAAAUCCGGACCCGACCCCAUAAAUCCGGACCCGACCCCAUAAACCCAGAGCUCUGUCGGACCCGGGAACGGUGUGAUGGAGCGCCGCCCUUCGGGCUCCGUGGAGGAGCGCGGAGCACUGCUGGAUGUGGGGCCGCCCCACAGCGAUGGGGACAGCGACGGCUCCGAGUGGGAGUGGGAGUGGGAGGAGCACGAAGCCCCGGACCGGCUGUACGCGCACUGUUUGGCGCGCACCGUUUGCGCGGCCGCCGCUCCGCUCACGGUGGGGAUUUUCGCUCCGUGCGCCCAUCGGCUGAGCGCCGUUCUGCGGCACCUCGAAGCCUCCCUGCUGUCGCACGCGGCCGCCCUGCAGCGCCGCUCCGCUCUGCGCGGCCGCCCCCCGCCCCGUCCGGCGCGCGGUUGGGCGCUGCUCCACGCCCUCCUCUUCCUGUCCUUCUGCCGCGCGGUCCACCGCCGCCCCCCGCCGCCCCCCGCGCCGCCCCCCGACGUCUCCUUCAUCUUCGUCCGCUUCUCCGCCUGGCACUACGUGGGCUGCGACCGCCUCUGGGCCGGUUUGGUCACCGCCCUCCUCCGCUCCGUCCGCCUCCGCUUCGGCCCGUGGCCCCUCGCGGUGUUCCGCGUGGCGGGGGCGGCGCCGCGCUACGACGGCGGGGCGGCCCCGGAGGGCGGCCGGGCCUGGGAGCUCCGCCCGGCCGCGUGCGCCAAAGCCGGCGCCGCGUUGGCCGCCCUCGCGGUGGGCUCCGCGCUGCUCUUAGCGGCCCUCGGCUCCCCGUGGCUCCGCGAGCACCGCGCGCUCGGCGCCGUCGGGGCGGCUCUGAGCUCCGCUUCGGCGUCGGGAGUCGUCGCCCUCGUCGUGGCCGUGCUGAGGAGGGCGGCCGUGAGCGAGAAGAGCCGCGUGGAGCGGUGGGACGCGAGGCUGAGGUUCGGCCCGCAGUUGGGCUUCAUGAGCCGCGUGAGGGAGGAGGUGGAGGCGCUCAGCGCCUUCCUGGGGGCCAUGGAGGCGUUCGAGCGGCGGAGGCUGCGGGUGGUGAUGGAGAUCAGCGCGGCGGAGCGCUGCGGGGCGGAGCGCUGCGCGGGGGUUUUGGACGCCGUCGGGACGCUUUUGGCGGACCCGAAGUCGCCUUUCGUGUCCGUGUUGGCCAUGGAGCCCCGGGCGGUGGUGGAGUGCCUGGAAGGGGCCGAAGCGUUGAAGGGGGUCGGGGGGAACGCGUACGUCUACGUGAGGAGGAUCGUCGGGGUGCCGUUCUGCGUGCCCGGAAUGGGGAGGGGGGAGAGGGGGAGGGCGGACGGGGGGUGGGGGGGGGCGGAGGGGGGGAGCAAAGGGCGGCCGCGGAGGAGCAAAAGGCGGCCGCGGGACGCCAAAGGGCAGCAGAGGGAGCGCGAGGGGCAGCCGAUGGUACGCUAUGGGCAGCCAAAGGACCCCAAAGGGCAGCCAAUGCAACAUGAGGGGCAGCCAACGGACCCCAAAGGAGAGCCAAGGGAGCAUGAGGGGCAGCCAAUGCUAUGCUAUAGGCAGCCAAGGGACCCCAAAGGGCAGCCAGUGCAACAUGAGGGGCACCCAAUGCUAUGCUAUGGGCAGCCAAGGGACCCCAAAGGGCACCCAAGGGACGCCAAAGGGCAGCCAAUGCAACAUGAGGGGCAGCCAAUGGGCCCCAAAGGGUACCCAAGGGACCCCAAAGGGCAGCCAGUGGACCCCAAGGUGCAACCAAUGGAGCAUGAGGGGCAGCCAAUGCAAUGCUAUGGGCAGCCAAUGGACCCUGAAGGGCACCCAACGCAAAGCUGUGGACACCCAAUGCAACAUGAGGGGCACCCAAUGGACUCUGAGGGGCACCCAAUGCAAUGCUAUGGGCACCCAAUGGACACCAAAGGGCACCCAAUGCAAAGCACGGGGCACCCAAUGGGCCCCAAAGGGCACCCAGUGGACUCCAAGGAGCAGCCAAUGGACCAUGAGGGGCACCCAAUGCAAAGCAGGGGGCAGCCGAGGGACCCCAAAGGGCGCCCAGUGGACCCCGAGGGGCACCCAAUGGACUCCAAGGGGCAGCCAAUGGACCACGAGGGCCCCCCACACCACGAGCAGCACCCACUGCACCUCAGGGGGCACCCAAUGGACCGUGAGGGGCACACAGUGCAGCACGAGGGGCACCCACUGCCCCAUAAGGAGCACCCACUGCCCCAUAGGGAACACUCACACUAUGGGGAGCACUCAUCGCCCUAUGGGGAGCACCCACUGCCCCAUGAGAAGCACCCUUCCCCCCAUAGGGAGCACCCACACCAUGGGGAUCACCCAUCGCCCUAUGAGGAGCACCUACUGCUCAGUGGGGAUCACCCAUCCCCCUAUGGGGAGCACCCACACUAUGGGGAGCACCCAUCACCCCAUAGGGAUCACCCAUCGCCCUAUAAGGAGCACCCACACCAUGGGGAUCACCCAUCGCCCUAUGGGGAGCACCCAUCGCCCUAUGAGGAGCACCUACUGCUCACUGGGGAUCACCCAUGGCCCUAUGGAGAUCACCCAUCACCCUAUGGGGAUCACCCAUCGCCCCAUGGGGAGCACCCAUGGCCCUAUGGGGAUCACCCAUGGCCCCAUAGGGAGCACCCAUGGCCCUAUGGGGAUCACCCAUGGCCCCAUGGGGAUCACCCAUCGCCCCAUGGGGAGCACCCAUGGCCCUAUGGGGAUCCCCCACUGCCCCCCACGGGGCGCUGCCGGGCGCGGCUUUUGGAGCGGCAGACGCGGCAGUGCGUUCGGGCGGCGCUGCGUUCCCUGCACGACCCGCAGGGGGCGCUGUGGCGUUUCCUCCCCUCCGACGGGGCGCAGCUGCGCCGCAUCGUCAACGUGGUCCCCAUCACCGUCCGCCUCCUCCUGCACCGCUGCGCCGCGACGCGGGGGGGGGGGGGGAGCGAUGGGGAGGGCGACAUCGAUGGGGCGGACGGCUAUGGGGCGGAGGGGGGCUGGGGGGCUGGGAGGUGGGGGGAGGACGAGGUCGAUGGGGUGGAUGUCUACGGGGCAGAGGUCUACGGGGCGGAUGGGCACCUCCUCCCUCACCCGCUGAGCUCCGCGCCGCGCUCUGUGCCGCGGCUGUUGGCGGCGUGGGUGGUGCUGGCGGAGCGCUGGCCGUGCCGCCUCAGUUGGCUGCUGCAGUGCUUACGGGACGGCGACCCCCGCGACGCCGCCGCUCCGCUUUGGGCCGUUUUCCGACGGCACAGCGCCGAAUUGGGCGCCUUCCGGGAGCCGCUGCGGAGCGCUUUGGGCCUCGACGCGGAUCCGCGGCUCUUCCGGGCCUUCCUGAGCCGUCCGUUCCCGUUCAGCGCCCGCGACGCCCAAACGCUGCUCCCCGUUACCGUCAAUCUGGAUCGGUCCAUCGGGGAGAGGAUGGCGGAACUGAGGGGGCUGAGGGAGCUGGGGGGGGGCGGGGCGAAGUGAGGGGGGG